GCCUGCUAGGUUGUGAACUGGUUUACUCCUCCCUCCCUCCCUCCCUCCCUCCCUCUCCCCCUCUCUCUGUCUUUUCUUAGACUAUUGUAUAGAGAAUUCAAUGUUUAGAAUCUUACUUGAUUGGGUAACAUGAUGUAAUGAAAGAAAGAAAGAAAGAAAGAAAAGAGAGGUUUCUUGAUUGGUAACUUUCGCUUGUGGGGGGGUUGAGUUUCGUUCUUUUUUUCUCUCUUCUUCUGUUGGUUGUUUCUUUGGAUGGGUACAGAGGGAGAAGAGGAAGUAGUCGUGUUGAAAUUGGAGAAAGAUGGGAGAGACAGUAGAGGGCAGGAGGGGUACCGUUGUAUACAGCAAGACUGUACAAGUUGGUCUAGCUAUAUACAUGAAAAUUCUUACAGGUGAAAACAAAUAAAUCUUUGUACUUUUUUAAGUGCACUAACCGUCUCCUCUUGAGCGCCCUCCCCAACCCAAAAGAGAGAGAGAGAUCUUGAAACUACGAAGACUUGAGAAGAACAAGAAGAGGACCGACUCCCUUGAUCUUAAACAAAGAUAGAUCUGUUUCCUUUAGAGAAAGUUGUUUUCUUUUUGUUUCAGUACCGCAACCACAAUCAUCAUCAGUCAUGAAGAGAUCACUAGGCAGCUCUGAUUCCCUUGGUGCUUUGAUGUCCAUCUGCCCAUCUGCAGAGGAACACAGUCCAAGGAACCACACCCAUGUUUAUAGUAGGGAAUUCCAGUCCAUGUUGGAUGGCUUAGAUGAAGAGGGUUGUGUGGAAGAAGCCGGAGGCCAUGUUACCGAGAAGAAAAGGCGCUUAAGUGGAGAUCAAGUUAAGGCCUUGGAGAAAAACUUUGAGGUCGAAAACAAACUUGAACCUGAGAGAAAAGUUAAGUUAGCCCAAGAACUUGGCUUGCAACCAAGACAAGUCGCUGUUUGGUUCCAAAACCGCCGUGCCCGGUGGAAAACCAAGCAAUUGGAGAGAGAUUAUGGCGUUCUUAAAGCCAAUUAUGAUUCUCUUAAGCACAAUUUUGAUGCCCUCCAACAUGACAAUGAAGCUCUACUCAAAGAGAUAAGGGAACUGAAAGCAAAGCUGAACGAAGAGAACGCGGAGAGCAAUGUUUCUGUGAAAGAAGAGAUAAUUUUGGCCGAGUCAGAAGACAAGAUGCCUGAAGAAGAUACACCAGCACUCCUUGAUUCUGUUGCUGCAUCGGAAACAAAAGAGCUGAAUUAUGAAACCUUCAACAAUCACAGCAGUAUUAAUAUUGGACUAGGAGCCUCUCUUUUCCCAGACUUCAAAGAUGGGUCAUCAGACAGUGACUCAAGUGCAAUCUUGAAUGAAGAUAACAGCCCUAACCCAGCCAUUUCCUCAUCUGGGAUUCUCCAAAGCCAGCUAAUGAUGUCCCCGCCACCAUCUUCAUCACUCAGAUUCAACUGCUCCGCCUCAUCUUCUUCACCAUCAUCAAUGAAUUGCUUUCAGUUCUCCAAAUCAUAUCAAACCCAGUUUGUCAAGCUGGAAGAGCACAAUUUCUUUAGCAGUGAGGAGGCUUGCAAUUUCUUCUCUGAUGAGCAACCUCCGAGUCUUCCUUGGUACAGUUCUGAUCAAUGGAACUAGGAAACAAGGAGGGACAAUUACUGAAAAUAAGGAAGCGGUAAAAUAGUGGGUGGUACCUUAAGAGAGAGAGAGAGAGAGUUGGCUAAGCUCCAAGGAUUUUGUAAAAUCGAAGUGGAAUAUCUAUGUAAUUUAAAAGCUUAUUUGGGUCUCCAUGGUGCUAAAAGAGUGAAAAACUUGACUACUACUGGUCCAAGAAGAAUAUGAGAGAGGAAAGGGAGGAUGGGAAUGCCAAAAGAAAAGAGAAGGGGGACCUAGAAAAGGAAGGCAGAGAAAGAGAGUCUCCAACGUGGGCUUAGGUGAAAGGUGAGUCAGGUGACGCCUAAAUUGUAUAAUUUGUCACUUAAGCCGUGCGAGGAAUGAUUAGGUCGUAAUUGGGAGUCUCUCUUGCUGUAAGAAAAAUAAAAAAAUAAAAAUGAAAAGGGAAAGGGAAAUCUUGGAAUCCAUGGCGAAUAAUCAUAGCUUCUACUUUUACUUU